AUGUCAGGUUUAUUCCUGACCUUUGGCCAUGCAGGUUUCAGGCAGCCUUGGCCAUCCAGGCAGCUCUUGGUGGCUCAGCCCCUCACUCCAUCCCAGAACUGCAGUCACACAUUGCAGGGCCCAAACGGGACAAUACAGAGCCCAGGCUUCCCCUAUGGAUACCCCAAUUAUGCAAACUGCACGUGGACAAUCACUGCUGAGGAGCAGAACAGGAUACAGCUUGUUUUCCAGUCCUUUGCAUUAGAGGAAGAUUUUGAUGUAUUAUCCAUCUACGAUGGGCUGCCUCAGCAGGGGAAUCUGAGAACGAGGCUGACAGGAUUCCAGCUGCCUGCUCCCAUCGUCAGUACCGGCCUGGUGCUGUCCCUGUGGCUCGUCAGUGACUACGCCGUGAGUGCCCAAGGCUUCCAGGCCAGCUAUGAGGCCCUGCCCAGCCACACGUGCGGGAACCCGGGGCGGCUGCGGAACGGGGUCCAGCAAGGGACCACCUUCAGCAUCGGGGACAGGGUCAGGUACAGCUGCAACCCCGGCUUCUUCCUGGAGGGCCACGCCCUGCUCACCUGCCAGGCCAGCUCGGGACACGGAGCCUCCUGGGAUUUCCCUCUCCCUGUCUGCAGAGCCGACGACGCCUGCGGAGGGACCCUGCGGGGCCAGAGCGGGAUCAUCUCCAGCCCUCACUUCCCCCUGGAGUAUGGCAACAAUGCAGACUGCACCUGGACCAUCCUGGCCGAGCCUGGGGACACCAUUGCUCUGGUGUUCAUGGACUUCCAGCUGGAGGAUGGAUACGAUGUCCUGGAAGUCGCUGGCACAGAGGGAUCCUCGCUCUGGUUCACUGGGAUGAAUUUGCCCGCCCCUGUGAUCAGCAGCAAAAAUUGGCUGCGGCUCCACUUCACCUCUGACGGCAACCACAGGCAGAAGGGCUUCAGUGCCCAGUACCAAGUCAAGAAGCAGAUGGAGCUCAAGUCCAGAGGGGUGAAGCUCAUGCCCAGCAAGGACAACAACCAGAAGACAUCUGUGUUAACUCAGGUUGGUGUGUCCCAGGGACAUAAUUUGUGUCCAGACCCUGGGAUUCCUGAGAGAGGCAAAAGGAUAGGCAACGAUUUUAGGCUGGGCUCCAGCAUCCAGUUCUCCUGCAAUGAGGGCUACGACCUGCAGGGCUCCAAGAGCAUCACCUGCAAGAGAGUCAGCGACAUCAUCGUGGCCUGGAGCGACCACCGGCCCGUCUGCAGAGCCAGGAUGUGUGACACGUACCUGCGUGGGCCCAGCGGGGUCAUCACCUCCCCCAACUACCCCGUGCAGUACGACAACAACGCCUACUGCGUCUGGGUCAUCACCGCCCUCAACCCCGCCAAGGUGAUCAAACUCACCUUCGAGGAAUUCGAGCUGGAGAGAGGCUACGACACGCUGACAGUGGGGGAUGGAGGCCAGGUCGGAGACCAGAAAUCUGUGCUUUAUGUCCUGACGGGCACCACGGUCCCCGACCUCAUCGUCAGCACCCAGCACCAGAUGUGGCUCCUGUUCCAGACUGACAGUGUCAGCAACCUGCUGGGCUUCAAAGCCACCUACGAGGAGAUCGACCAGGGCAGCUGUGGCGAUCCCGGGAUCCCCGCCUUUGGCCGCAGAGAAGGCUCCACCUUCCGCCACGGGGACACUCUGCACUUCGAGUGCCAGCCCGCCUUCGAGCUGAAGGGCCACAAAAGCAUAACCUGCCAAAAGAGCAGCCAGUGGUCUGCUCAGAAACCUGUGUGUGUUUUUUCCUGCUUUUUCAACUUCACCAGCCCAUCGGGGAUCGUGCUGUCCCCGAACUACCCCGAGGAGUACGGGAGCAGCCUGCACUGCGUGUGGCUCAUCAUCGCCAACCCCGAGAGCAGGAUCCACCUGGCCUUCAAUGACUUCGAUGUGGAGCCCCAGUUCGACUUCCUGGCCGUCAAGGACGGGGGCACGGCCGAGUCACCGGUGCUGGGCACCUUCUCAGGGAGCCACAUCCCCUCCUCGCUGACCAGCAGCGGCCACGUGGCCAGGCUGGAGUUCCAGACUGACCACUCCAUGGAGAAGAGAGGCUUCAACAUCACCUUCACCACGUUCCGGCACAACGAGUGUCCGGAUCCCGGCGUACCGGUGAACGGGAAGCGCUUUGGGGACAGCCUGCAGCUGGGCAGCUCCGUGUCCUUCCUGUGUGACGAGGGCUUCAUCCGCACCCACGGCGCCGAGAGCGUCACCUGUGUCCUGCAGGAGGGCAACGUGGUGUGGGACAACGCCGUGCUGCGCUGUGAAGCACCCUGUGGGGGCCACCUGACGUCACCCAGCGGAACCAUCCUGUCCCCAGGCUGGCCUGGCUUCUACAAGGACUCGCUGAGCUGUGCCUGGGUCAUCGAGGCCCAGCCAGGCUACCCCAUCAAGAUCACCUUUGACAGGUUCAAGACAGAGGUGAAUUAUGACACUCUGGAGGUGCGGGAUGGCCGGUCCUACUCCUCACCCCUUAUCGGGGUCUAUGAUGGCACCCAGGUGCCCCAGUUCCUGAUCAGCACCAGCAACCACCUCUACCUCCUGUUCACCACCGACAAGAGCCACUCCGACAUCGGCUUCCAGAUCCGAUAUGAAACUGUGAAGCUGCAGUCCGACCACUGCCUGGAUCCAGGGAUCCCGGUGAACGGGCAGCGCCACGGGAACGAUUUCUACGUGGGAGCCCUGGUGACGUUCAGCUGUGACCCCGGCUACACCCUGAGCGACAGCGAGGCCCUGGAGUGUGAGCCCAACUUCCAGUGGAGCCGGCCCCUGCCCAGCUGUGAGGCUCUCUGUGGGGGCUACAUCCGUGGCUCCAGUGGCACCAUCCUCUCCCCAGGCUUCCCUGAUUUUUAUCCCAACAACCUGAACUGCACGUGGACAAUAGAAACAUCCCAUGGGAAAGGUGUGUUCUUCACCUUCCACACGUUCCACCUGGAGAAUGGCCACGAUUACCUGCUGAUCACCGAGAACUCCAGCUUUGCCCAGCCCCUGAAGCAGUUUGGCUGGAAGUCAAACGCUCAGACUGAGUGUGGCUCGUCCGUGACGGGAACCCAGGGCGUGCUGCUGUCCCCCAACUACCCCCUGAACUACAACAACAACCACGAGUGCAUCUACUCCAUCCAGAGCCAGCCAGGGAAAGGCAUCCAGCUGAAAGCCAGGACCUUCGAGCUGGAGGCAGGAGAUGUCCUCAAGGUCUACGAUGGCACCAACAGCUCUGCCCGGCUGCUGGGCACCUUCAGCCACUCAGAGCUGCUGGGCACCAGCAUCAACAGCACCUCCAGCUCCAUGUGGCUGGAAUUCAUCACUGACACCGCCAACACCAGCAAGGGCUUCGAGCUGCAGUUCUCCAGUUUUGAGCUCAUCAAGUGUGAGGACCCCGGCAUCCCCCAGUUUGGGUACAAGGUGCACGACGAGGGACACUUUGCUGGCAGCUCGGUGUCCUUCAGCUGUGACCCUGGCUACACCCUGAGAGGCACCAGGGUGCUGGUGUGCCUGACCGGGGAGAGGAGAGCCUGGGACCAGCCCCUGCCGACCUGUGUGGCUGAGUGUGGAGGGACAAUCAGAGGAGAGGCCUCAGGACGGAUCCUUUCUCCAGGAUAUCCAACUCCCUAUGACCACAACCUCAACUGCAUCUGGAUCAUCGAGGCAGAGCCUGGAUGUACCAUUGGGCUUCAUUUCAUGGUUUUCCACACGGAGGAGUUCCACGACGUGCUGCGGAUCUGGGACGGGCCGGUGGAGAACGGGAUCCUGCUGAAGGAGAUGAGCGGCUCAGGGCUGCCCGGGGACAUCCACAGCACCUUCAACUCCGUCAUCCUGCAGUUCAACACCGACUUCUUCACCAGCAAGCAGGGCUUUGCCAUCCAGUUCUCAGUUUCCACGGCCACUUCCUGCAACGACCCAGGAAUCCCCCAGAACGGGAGCCGCAGUGGGGACAGCAAAGAGGCCGGGGACUCCAUCACCUUCCAGUGCAACCCCGGCUACGCCCUGCAAGGGGAGGCCCAGAUCACCUGUGUGCAGAUCGAGAACAGGUUCUUCUGGCAGCCAGACCCACCCAUCUGCACAGCUCCCUGUGGUGGGAUCCUGACGGGCCCGGCGGGGGUGAUCCUGUCCCCGCAGUACCCGGAGCCGUAUCCCCCAGGGAAGGAGUGUGACUGGAAGCUGACGGUGUCCCCUGACUAUGUCAUCGCCCUGGUGUUCAACAUCUUCAGCCUGGAGCCUGGCUAUGAUUUCCUGCACAUCUAUGACGGGCCUGACUCCCUGAGCCCCCUGAUUGGGAGUUUUUAUGGCUCCCAGCUCCCAGAGAGAAUCGAGAGCAGCAGCAACAGCCUUUUCCUGGCAUUCCGGAGCGACGCCUCCGUCAGCAGCGCUGGCUUCGUCAUCGAGUACACAGAGAACCCCCGGGAGUCCUGCUUUGACCCAGGCUCCAUCAAGAACGGCACCAGGGUGGGCACGGACCUGAAGCUGGGCUCCACCAUCACCUUCUACUGUGACGGGGGCUACAACAUCGAGGGGGGCCCCACCCUCACCUGUGUCAUGGGAGCGGAUGGAAAACCCACCUGGAACAAGCUUCGGCCCACCUGUACAGCUCCCUGUGGAGGGCAGUACACGGGCUCGGAUGGAGUCGUCCUGUCCCCAAAUUAUCCCCAAAACUACACCAGUGGCCAGGUGUGCCUGUACUCCAUCAUCGUGCCCAAGGACUACGUGCUCUUCGGGCAGUUCGCCUUUUUCCAGACAGCUCUCAAUGAUGUGGUGGAAGUGCACGAUGGCCCCACGCAGCACUCGCGCCUGCUCAGCUCCCUCUCGGGCUCUCACUCAGGGGAAUCUUUACCAUUGGCCACCACCAACCAGAUCCUCAUCAAAUUCAGCUCCAAGGGUCAAUCCACAGCCAAAGGCUUUCAUUUUGUCUACCAAGCCGUGCCCCGCACCAGCGCCACGCAGUGCAGCUCAGUGCCGGAGCCGCGGCACGGGCGGCGCCUGGGCAGCGACUUCGCCGUGGGCGCCGUGGUGCGCUUCGAGUGCAGCCCUGGCUACGGCCUGCGCGGCUCCCCCGCCAUCCAGUGCCUGGCCAUGCCCGGGGCCCUGGCACAGUGGAACUCCUCCGUCCCCACCUGCCUGGUGCCCUGUGGGGGGAACCUGACGGAGAGGAAAGGAACCAUCCUGUCCCCAGGCUUCCCUGAGCCCUACCUGAACAGCCUCAACUGCGUGUGGAAGAUCACAGUGCCUGAGGGAGCAGGGAUCCAGAUCCAGGUGAUCAGUUUUGUCACGGAGCAGAACUGGGAUUCCCUGGAAGUGUUUGAUGGAGGAGACAACACAGCCACCAUGCUGGGGAGCUUCUCUGGAACCACAGUGCCUGCGCUGCUCAACAGCACUUCAAACCAGCUCUAUCUGCAUUUCUACUCUGACAUCAGCGUCUCUGCUGCCGGCUUUCACCUGGAAUACAAAACCGUGGGCCUCUCCAGCUGCCCGGAGCCGCAGGUUCCUGGGAACGGGCUGAAGAUCGGCGAGCGUUACCUGGUGAACGACGUGGUGUCCUUCCAGUGUGAGCCGGGCUAUGCCCUGCAGGGCCACUCCCACAUCUCCUGCAUGCCGGGCACGGUGCGCCGCUGGAAUUACCCUCCACCCCUCUGCAUCGCCCAGUGUGGAGGAACAGCAGAAGAGAUGGAAGGUGUGCUCCUGAGCCCAGGCUUCCCAGGAAAUUAUCCCAGCAACCUGGACUGCACAUGGAGGAUCCUGCUGCCAGUGGGGUUUGGUGCCCACAUCCAGUUCCUGAACUUCUCCACAGAGCCCAACCACGACUUUGUGGAGAUCCGGAACGGGCCCUACGACACCAGCAGCGUCAUCGGGCGCUUCAGCGGCGCCGAGCUGCCCGGCUCCCUCCUGUCCACCUCCCACGAAACCACCGUCUACUUCCACAGUGACCACUCCCAGAACAAGCCAGGCUUCAAGCUGGAAUACCAAGCCUACGAGCUGCAGGAAUGCCCUGACCCGGAGCCCUUUGCCAACGGAGUGGUGAGAGGAGCUGGCUACAACGUUGGCCAGUCCAUCUCCUUCGAGUGCCUGCCUGGCUUCCAGCUGAUCGGGCACCCCGUGCUCACCUGCCAGCACGGCACCAACAGGAACUGGGACCACCCCCUGCCCAGGUGUGAAGUGCCUUGUGGGGGCAAUGUCACUGCCCAGAAUGGGACAGUUUACUCUCCUGGCUUCCCCAACCAGUACCCAAAUUCCCAGGAUUGCACCUGGCUCCUGACAGUGCCAGUGGGAUACGGGAUCCACCUGAACUUCACCGUGCUGCAGACAGAGCCCUACAACGACUUCAUCACCGUCUGGGAUGGGCCUCAGCAAACAGCCCCCCAGCUGGGUGUGUUCACAGGCAGCUCUGCCAAGAAAUCCGCCCAGAGCUCCUCCAACCAGGUCCUGCUGAAAUUCCACAGCGACGCCGCCAACGGAGGCAUCUUCGCCAUCUACUUCUAUGCUUUCCAGCUUUUCCGCUGCCAGCCUCCCACCGUCGUUCCCAACGCCGAGAUCAUCACAGAGAAUGAGGAGUUCAACAUCGGUGACAUCGUGAGGUACCGGUGCCUUCCCGGCUUCACCCUGAUCGGGAAUGAAAUCCUCACCUGCAAACUGGGCACCCACCUGCAGUUCGAGGGGCCCCCACCCACCUGUGAAGUGCACUGCCCCAUGAACCAGCUGAUGACAGAUUCCACCGGGGUGAUCCUAAGCCAGAGCUUCCUGGGAAGUUACCCCCACUUCCAGACCUGCUCCUGGGUGGUGAAGGUGGAGCCGGGGUACAACAUCUCCCUCACCAUUGAGUACUUCCUCAGUGAGAAGCAGUUUGAUGAGUUCGAAAUCUUCGAUGGUCCCUCUGGGCAGAGCCCCCUGCUGCUGUCGCUGAGUGGGAAUUACUCGGCCCCUCUGACCGUCACCAGCAGCGGGAACAGCGUCUUCCUGCGCUGGUCCUCCGACCACGCCUACAACAGGAAAGGCUUCAAAAUCCGCUACUCCGCUCCCUACUGCAGCCUCCCGCAGCCUCCAGCGCACGGGAUGAUCCUGAGCAGCUCCGGGCUGCGCCCCGGCAGCUCCGUGCGCUUCGCGUGCGACGCCGGAUACCGCCUGGUGGGACACAGCACCACCACCUGCACCCAGCACCCCCAGGGACACUUCCACUGGAGGGAAGCCAUCCCCCUGUGCCAAGGUGAGAGCAGCGAUGGGUUGGGAUGGAGUUCCAGGAGUCCCCGGAAAAGGUGGUGGAAAAAAACCAAAGCAAUAUUGGAAUUCUGGCUUGGAGCCGCAGCUGUGACGUGCCCUGACGUGGGCAGCAUCGCGGUGGAGCACGGCCGCUGGCGCCUCACCUACGAGGUGCACUACCACUACAACGCCCAGCUGAUGCUCAUCUGCGACCCUGGCUACUACUACACGGGCCAGAGGGUCAUCCGCUGCCAGGCCAACGGCACCUGGAGCAUCGGGGAGCCCGUGCCCACCUGUAAAAUUAUCUCCUGUGGGGAGCUGCCCACCCCUCCCAACGGGAACAAGAUCGGGACCCUCACCAGUUACGGAGCCACUGCCAUCUUCUCCUGCAACACUGGCUACACCCUGGUGGGCUCCCGGGUCCGGGAGUGCAUGGCCAACGGGCUCUGGAGCGGGGCUGAGGUCCGGUGUCUGGCCGGGCACUGCGGCGUGCCCAGCCCCAUUGUGAACGGGCAGAUCAACGGGGAGAACUACAACUACCGGGGCAGCGUGGUGUACCAGUGCCAGCCCGGCUUCCGCCUGAUCGGCAUGUCCGUGCGCAUCUGCCAGCAGGAUCACCGCUGGUCCGGGAAAACGCCUGUCUGUGUGCCCAUCACCUGUGGCCACCCUGGCAAUCCCCCCAACGGCGUCACCCAGGGCUCCCAGUUCAACCUCAACGACGUGGCCAAAUUCCAGUGCAACCCCGGCUUCCGCCUGGAGGGAGCUUCCCAAUCCCAGUGCCUGGCCAACGGCCAGUGGAGCAGCACCCUGCCCUCCUGCCGAGUUGUGAACUGUUCUGACCCUGGGCACCUGGAAAACAGCGUCCGGCAAGUGCAGCCGAGCGGCCCCCACAGGUUCAGCUUCGGCACCACGGUGUCCUAUCAGUGCAUCCACGGAUUUUAUUUGUUGGGAACACACGUCCUGACGUGCCAGGGCGAUGGCACGUGGGACAGAGCCCUCCCCCAGUGCCUUUUGGUGUCGUGUGGCCACCCCGGGUCCCCUCCCCACGCGCAGAUCUCGGGGGACAAGCACACGGUGGGCUCUGUGGUCAGGUACAGCUGCCUGGGCAGGCGCACCCUGGUCGGGAAUUCCACACGGAUGUGCCAGCUGGACGGGCGCUGGAGCGGCUCCCUGCCACACUGCUCUGGUGAGAGGCCUUGGGAAGGGCCAUGCCAUGGUCACCCACCCAUGGUCAUCACCUCCCACCCAUCAUCACCUCUGCUGAGUGCCUGGAGGGGGCUCCUGAAAUUCUCCUUUUUGCCUUGCUUGGCAGUGAUCAACUGUGGAGACCCCGGUGUGCCAGCCAACGGGCUCAGGCUGGGCAGCGACUUCACCUACAACAAAUCCGUGGUGUUCCAGUGCACUCCCGGCUUCAUGAUGGAGUCAGACAGGGCAGCUGCUCUCACCUGCACCAGGGACCGCACCUGGAACGGCACCAAACCUGUCUGCAAAGCCGUGUUCUGUGGGGACCCGGGGACCCCGGCCCAGGGCAGGCGGGAGGACCGAGGUUUCACCUACCGCUCGUCCGUGUCCUUCUCCUGCCUGGCCCCGCUGGUGCUCGUGGGAUCGGCACGGAGGUUCUGCCAGUCCGAUGGCACCUGGAGCGGGACCCAGCCCAGCUGCAUCGAUCCCAGCCUCACGACAUGUGCAGAUCCAGGAGUGCCUCUUUUUGGGAUGCAGAACAAUUCCCAGGGAUACCAGGUGGGAAGCCUCCUGCUCUUCAGGUGCCAGAAGGGAUAUCUCCUGCAGGGCUCCACCACCAGGACCUGCCUGCCCAACCUGACCUGGAGCGGCGUCCAGCCCGACUGCGUCCCCCACCACUGCAAGCAGCCUGAGACCCCGUCCCAUGCCAACGUGGGUGCCCUGGACCUGCCCUCCCUGGGCUACACCUUGAUCUACUCCUGCCAGAGCGGCUUCUACCUCACCGGGGGCUCCGAGCACCGCACCUGCAAAGCCGACGGCAGCUGGACAGGGAAACCCCCCAUCUGCCUGGCCGAUGUCCGUCCCAGCGGGAGGCCUGUGGGCACUGCGCGGGAGCCGCCGCUCGCCAAGGUCUCAGUGCCUGCGGAUGUGUUUGCGAGGAAUUCCCUGUGGAAAGGCUCCUACGAGUACCUGGGGAAGAAGCAGCCAGCCAUGCUCUCUGUCACCAGCUUCGACCCCAGCACCAGCAAGGUCAACGCCACCUUGAUCGACCACAGCGGGGUGGAGCUCCAGGUGUCCGGGAUUUAUAAGAAGGAAGAUGUGCACCUGCUGCUCCAGGUGUACCAGAUCAUGGGGCCGCUGGAGAUCUUUGCCAACAAGUUCCGGAACGACAAAUGGGCUCUGGAUGGACAUGUCUCAUCAGAGUCCUCAAGUGGCACCUUCGUGUACCAGGGUUUCGUGCGUGGCAAAGGCUUUGGGCAGUUUGGCCUCCAGAGACUCGACAUCAGCAUGAUGGAGAACGAUCCCGAAUCCAUCGGCCACCACUUUGCAUCCAACAGCAGCUCCGUGGCAGCCGCCAUCCUUGUGCCUUUCAUCGCCCUGAUUAUUGCAGGGUUUGUGCUUUAUCUCUACAAACACAGGAGGAGACCCAAAGUCCCAUUCAAUGGCUACGCUGGCCACGAGAACACCAACGUGAGGGGAACCUUCGAGAACCCCAUGUACGACCGGAACCUGCAGCCCUCAGACAUCAUGGCCAGCGAGGCCGAGUUCACAGUGAGCACGGUGUGCACGGCUGUAUAGCGCUGUCCCCACACGAUUCCCAGGAUUGGUGUCCAGUGGAUGAUUGUCCCACCUCUCCAUCUAUCCAUCCCCUCCCCACCUCCCUGCUCCCGCCCCUGCCGAGGCUGCGGAGAAGCUGCUGCACCUCCCUGGAAUUCCCGAAGGGCUGCUGGAUCCACCUGCUCCAUCCUGCUGGAUCCACCUGCUCCAUCCUGCUGGAUCCACCUGCUCCAUCCUGCUGGAUCCACCUGCUCC